AUGGACGAGAAGAACACGACAGCCCAUCAUGAAGGCCACCAUCCAGACAAGCAAGAGAUCGAACUUGAGCACGCUCACCAGCGAAGUACGAUUCCUGAAGACAUCCCAGUACGGGAGGCGCUCGAGAACCAUUUGGACGAUGACCCAAAGCUCUUGAGACGGGUGAAGAGGAAGGUAGAUCUCAGGCUGACAUUGGUACUCGCUCUGCUGUACACGUGUGCAUUCAUCGACAGAUCCAACUUGGGCAAUGCCUCGAUCGCCGGUAUGAGCGAUGACUUGAAUCUAGAUGUCGGUAACCGAUACAGUAUCGUGGCAAUGAUCUUCUUCGUCGGCUAUGCCCUGGUGGAUGUACCGUCGACACCGCUCAUGAAGAAGAUUGGGGCGUCGUUCAUGGUCCCGACAGUAUGCUUAUGCUUCGGAGUCCUUACGAUAGCGCAAGGCUUUAUUCAUAGCUGGGGGGCUCUCGCAGCGUUGCGUGUCAUGCUGGGUGUCUUUGAGGGAGCUCUGCUUCCUGCUACGCUUUUCCUGCUCCAAGUAUGGUAUACUCGUUUCGAGUUCCACAAACGACAGGCAGCGUAUUAUCUCGUCGGUAUCGCUUCGAGCGGUCUUUCGGGCUUGCUGGCAUAUGGCAUAGAGAAGAUGGAUGGAACCGCUGGGAUUGCCGGUUGGCGCUGGAUCUUCAUAAUCGAAGGCAUUGCAAGCUCCGCAAUCGCGGUGGGCGCAUACUUCGUCUUAGUCGACCUCCCUGAAGAUGCUACCAAGAGGAAUCUUCUGAGAAUGCCGGCUUUCCUAAGCAAGCAAGAAGCAGCAGUGCUCAUCGCCCAUAUCGAAAGAGACCGCGGUGAUGCUUCUACGGAGAAUUUUGGUCUGAAAGACAUGAUCCACAACUUGAAGGACUGGAAAGUCUGGGAGUUUGCGUCUUAUGUGAUGUUCAACAACACCGCUUUGUACGCCUUCUCGUUCUUCCUGCCGAUCAUUCUCCGAGAUGGAUUCGGAUACUCGUACUCACGUGCCAAUCUGUUGACCUUCCCGCCAUAUGCUGUGUCCUUGGUGUGGAUGGCCGCCGUCUCGUGGUUCUGCGAUUACUACAGGACCCGAGGGCCGGUCAUGGUUUUCAACAGCUGCAUGUAUCUUACUGGACUGAGCAUCGUUGGCUUCGCGGACGACCUCGACACUCGAUACGCAGGCGUUUUCCUUGGUGUGCUGGGCAUCACUGGAAACGUACCGACACAAUUCGCCUACCAGCAUAGCAAUACUGUUGGACAAUCGAAACGUGCAAUGACCACGGCUUUGAUGACGAUUGGAGGUGCUUUUGGCGGUAUCAUCUCUGGAAAUAUUUUCCGCGAGCAGGAUGCGCCGACAUAUGUGCCUGGCAUUGCAAUCUGCAUGUCCUUCCAGGUCAUCACUAUCUUCUUGGUUUGCAAGAACUUCAUUGUCUAUUCAUGGUGUAACCGCAAGGCCGACAGAGGAGAGAUGGUGAUUCAGGGAGAGCCGUCAUUCCGCUACACUUUAUAG